CGGAUUCUGGCUGAUAUUGCUGAUAAUUUCGCAUUUUAAGCCCAAAAACAAAUCGAAUACAUGACUUAAACCUCGUAAUCUUCUUCUAGCGUUCUGUACUAAAGUUCCAUAACGUCGGAGCGUCGUAGCGGUCGCGUGAUCGCCGUGAUGAGCGCUCGUAGAAGAGUCAUACUCUUAUUGUUUGUUAAUCGUAUUUUGUGACAGUGGAAAUGAUUCGCACGUACAAACGGAAGCCGCUGGAGUGCCGGUACAUCGAGGGCGUGAUGGGGCUGUGCCGGCUGUGCCUCGGGACCGCUGAGUCGGCCGUGCCGAUAUUUACUGAAGACCCCGAUAAUAUCUGCUCCACGCUAGCUAUGAGGAUUAUGAUCUGUGUCGGUUUGGAUGUGAAACGCGAUGACAACCUCCCUAACCUGGUUUGUGUAACCUGCUACAAAGAUCUAGAACACUACUACGCUUUCCGGAAGAAAUGUGAACUGUCAUAUCACAGAUUGAAGUCGCAUCUCCAAGCUUCUCGCAACCGGCAACCAACUGAAACUGUUACGGAGAAUGAAGAGACAUUGAAAGAGAUGAUUAGUCAGGACGAGAAUAUGAACAUCAAUGAGUUUGGGUUGGAGAUCGGUGAGGAGUCUGACAGCAAGGUGGAGCCGGAGUCCGUGAUAAGUGAUGUGCAACCAGCAGAUUCUAUUCAGCAAAAUACAGAAGUUCCUCAGGAAGAGUACCGAGUAAUGCAACCUGGCGAACUAAACACACUGAUAACAUCAGUCCUUGUGAAACUUGGCAUCCUAUCGCAGCGCGAUGAACAGCUGUCAGUGCUUAGAUCAGAUGUGUCGAGGUUACAACUCGAAGCCGGAGAUGGGGCAGUGGUUAGAAUGGAGUUAGUCGAAGAGGAUGAUGAGUUGGAAGCAGACACACAGGAUUAUUUAAUAGAAAUAUCCGAGGCUCCUGUCCCGGUGGAGGCUCCGAAAGCAACCAAGACAGGUUUCCAGCGGCAGGCUAAGCUUAUAGAACCAAAACCUAGUUUUGUUGAAGCGAAGCAAAAGACCAGCAAGAUCCACACAAACAUCGGCGCCAUGGGGUGUUCAACCUGCGGCCGCGUGCUGGCGUCCCGCUCCGCGCUGCUGCGCCACGCGCGCACGCACUCCGGCGAGCGGCCCUUCGCCUGCCCGCGCUGCGACCGCUGCUUCGCCCAGAAGGAGGUCAUGCACCGACACAUGCUGGUACAUGAAGCGGUGCGUCCCCAUAAGUGCUCAUCGUGCAACAAGAGCUUCACUCAACGCAACGCUUUACAUUUACACGAGCGCUCACACCUCCCCCCACACGAGAGGGCGCUAGCGUUGCACAGCUGCCCUCACUGUCCCAAACUGUUCCUGUAUUCUUCAGGUCUAUCGCGCCAUAUGAUGACUCACUCCGGCCGCGUGUAUGUCUGCGGCGCUUGUCGACGACAAUUCGCUGACAAAAGUUCAGUUCUGCGCCACCACAGAGCCAGACACGCGCAUCUAGAGGAACCCGACGAACCCGAGUGCGUAGAAACUGAGAAUGCACCCACUGAAGAUGAAAACACAUAGCGGCAUUAGCGGCAAUAAUUAUAUUGUGACAGGUAUGCGUAAGAUUAGGUAACCCGACGAACCCGAUGGUGUAGAAACUGAGAACACUUUUAAUGUAGACAAAAAUAAAAAUACAUAACGGGGCGAAGGUUCUGUGUCGCCAUAGGGCUCAACGCGUGCAUCCAGAUUAACCCGACGAACCCGAUGGUGUAGAAUGAGACUGACAACACGCCCAAUGAACACGAAAAUACAUAGCGGAGCGUGUAUUCUGUCACCUUAGAGCUCGACGCGUGCAACAAGAGGAACCCGCGUGCGUAGACAUUGAAAAUGCGGCCAUUGAAGAUAAAAAUAUAUAGUGGAGCGACUGGGGCUUGUGUUCUACGUUCGAACCCGAGUGUGUAGAAACAUAAAGCGAGUCGUCUGAACACGAAAAUACAUAGUAGAGCGUCACCACAUGCGCAUUGCCUAACAACUAUUUAGACGGUUGUUGAGGUUGGUUUUUUUACAAAAGGUAGCUUAGUCUGUGACUAAAAUAUUAAUAUAGUCAAAAUAUUAUAUUUAUAGUAUUUUAAAUUUACUGAACAUAGGUAAUAAAAAUCAUUCGGACACCUAAACCUUCAACCGCACUUUAGUACAUUUUACAAACUAUUUUAAUUAAAUGUCUUAUUGGCGGUAACGGUUAUUUUAAAUUAAAUUUAAUAUUUAUUACUGACUUUUAGCUGAUCUCGGAUAAAAUAUAGAUAGAGAUCGUACUUAGGACUUACGAAGGAGUUUUACAACUAAUGGAAUAAUUGUAUUUAGGUUUAAAGGAAUUGUAUUUUCACCGCACCAGCUCGGAAAGGCUUACUUUGCACUUCAAGAACUGAUAGCAAAGUUGCAUUUUAUUCAUAUGUGAGGCAAAGUAAUCAAAUGCAAAUUAUGAGUUGUUUUCUUAUGUUUGCUGGUUGAAUUUACUUUUAACUGAUGAUUUUGGAUUAAUAACUAUUUAAUAACAUUCAUUUGGAUUUGAUUUGGUUUCAUUUUGUUUGAUAUUUUACAUUUAAUAUUUGUGAAAUGUGUGUUGGUGUGGUGAAAAAUUUUGUGUUUCACUCGGGGGCAAAUUUUAUUUAACCCUCGUGCUUUGAAACCCUCGCAACGCUCAAGAUUCCAUAUUUCGAACCACUCGCUACGCCCGUGGUUCAAUUUUGGAAUCUUUCGUUUGCUCGGGUAUCAAUAUUAGCACGAGCGGUUAAACAACAACUUUGCCCCCUUGUAAAACAAAUAACUAUUAUUUAAUAACAUUUCAUGUGAUACUUAAUGAAAGAUAAUUUAGGCCUGAUUAGGUAUAGCCAUCACAUGUUACAUUUCUAUUGUAAAAAAACCAUAAUGAAAUGGCUCAUAACUCAGGCUUUUAUAUCUUAAUUAUUGGCAAAAAAUACAAUAAUUGCACAGCGAAUUAUGUAAAAUGUGUCAAUAUUGAUGAAUUACAUUAUUUAUAAGUUGAUAUGUAAGAUAAGACUGAAUAUAAAUUUCUUUAUUUUUGUUUCUAGUAGAGCCUUUAUACUUAAUUAUGUUUAACAUAUAAUAAAUAAGCACCACACUUAGCAAUACAAAAAAUUUUGGGCCCAUUCAAUUUAGGUAUUUCUGUAUCUAUACCUAUAGAUUCCUCGUAACGAUCGGUCAGAUCGGAGACGGACCAUAAGUUGUGUUUUAUGUGCCAGAGAAAAUGACUUAGCAGAUGCCGAUGUUGCUCAGCCACUUCUGCUGACUGUAUAUAGGUUGGGUUGUAUAUAUUAAUUUGUACUGUUACUUGUAUUAAUAUUUAGGAAUAUGUGGCAGAUGUGACUUGUGCUAUUGCAAAGUACAGUCAAGAACAGAGCUAUGAAUACAGGCAAAGUGUCAAAAAUCAAAGUAUACAGUACUUUAUUGCCUGUACAUUAAGGUCGUGUAUACAUAUUUUUGGCACUUUGCCUGUAUUCAUAGCUCUGUUGUUGACUGUACACAAAAUGUCAUACUCGUACAAAUGUAACGAAUAAUAUGUAUUAUGAAAUUUGCUUUGAAAAGGCAUGUCUACAUAUAUCUAUGUGCAAAGAACAAGCGCGUCCCUUGCGCUAUACAUACAUAACAAACACGUUGAUUAUUUUGAGGUGACAAAUUUAUUUAUUUCCUUUCUCUUUCUCCACAAACAUUUUGCACAUAGCAAAUUAUUAUUAGUAGAUUUUUCAUUUAUUGUUAGUAUACAACUAGGUCGGGUAGUUAAAUCUAGUCAAAUUUGUUUUUCUUUAUACAUGUCUUUGUAUGUCUUUUAUGUACAAAGUACUGGGUAUUUAUCCAGCUAAAUAUUACUGUUUGUUGAUAAAUAAUUAUUAACAGUAGUAUGAAGUAACAACAUUAUAAUGUAAUGUGAAAAUAAAUAUUCUAUACUAAUCUUAGCCGACAGUUUCCUAUUUAAAGGAGCCCAUAGAUUACCAGUUCGCCGGACGAUAUCAGCCUGUCAGUUAAACCUGAAAGGUGAUAGUUCCGAACAACUGACAGGCUGAUAUCGUCCGGCGAACUGGUUAUCUGUGGGCCCCUUAAAGUGUUUCGUUGCUUUCAAUGGAAUCACUACUAUAUUAACAUAAGUGUAGGUAUAUGGUAUUAUGGUAUAUAAGUCUCAC